AUGGCGUCUACCGUUAGUUGUUACGCUUUUUCCUCCGACGGUGAUUAUUUCGCGCAUUGUGGAAACGAUGGAAAAUUAAAAAUUUGGGAUACCUUCACCAGCCGUUUAAAGCAAGAAUAUGUUUCAAAUUUUCAUCUGUCCUCUCCAUGUUGCAUUUUGGCCUGGCUUUAUGUCAACACUUCGUCAACAAAUGCUACGUUUCCUUCACCAUGGAAAAAACGCAAAAAGAAGUCAAUUUCAGAGGAAUCCAAUUCCAAAGGGAUUGUUGCAAUGGGUUCUACAAACGGGAAAAUCACGCUUUAUGACACAACAUCUUCAGUCACUACUCAGCUGGAUGGUCAUUCCGGUACAGUUACCGCGGUGACGUGGUCUGAAAAUGUUGGUCUAUUCACUGCAGCGGAUGAUCACCACAUUAUUCAUUGGAACCUUAAAGAAAAUGGAAUAAAAUACAAAUGGAAAUCCGGGAGAGGAAAAACAACGUCUUUGGCCCUCUCUAAGGAUGGGGAUAGUUUACUGUCCGGGGAGAGAAUUAUUAAGUGGUGGGAUCUAUCUACGAGACAAUUAGUCAGAACAUUCACGGGCCAUGCUAAUCAAAUAACAUGCCUUUGUACUCUUAAGAUGCCAUCUGGAAGCAAUUAUGUAAUUAGUGGAGCUUGUGGCGAUGGCUGCCUUAAUGUUUGGGCUUUAGACGAAAAUAAAAACGAUAGAUCCCCCGCGACAAGCUUAGCUUUACAGGACGACGCAACAAGCGUUUCUGUAAAUGUCUCUGAGGAGUCGGAGGUAGUUGUUCUGGCAGUGACUAGAUCAGGACAAGCACACUUAUUUCAGUAUCAACCAAACGGUCGCACAAAACCGUUGAAGCCUAGCUUAAAUAUUGCAGUAGCUUCCGACGUUAGUCCGAAAGACACUGUCCAACAAAUUCCUAUCUUAGAUGCAAAACUAACAAGAGAGCAAACGUUGCUCUUAACGUACGGUACAUAUCUGAAUCCUACAUUCGAAAGAGUGACUCCAGAUUUCUCUGAUAAAGUGCAAUGCCUGGUGCGUUCAGAGAAUAGGAGAAACAAAGACAGAAAAGAUGAAAUUUCUAAGGUGAAGACUCCCUUAAUUGAGGAUAAUGUUGAGUACCUUGCACCGGGAAUAAUUGGAACCACAACAAAACGGGAUAGGAAUAGCAGUUCAGGAUCACAAUUAUUAUUGAAAGACAGAUUGGAAAACCUCAGCUUAAAUGGUGAAAGCAGCCCUGCUGGAAAAACUACUACCUCAGGUAGCAAUAGAGCACAACUUUUAAUUCAAGGCUUGAAUAGUAAAGACAAGACUAUUCUGACCAAUAUUUUUCUCACAAGAAACGAGUCCAUUAUUAGGAACUCUAUUGCUAAACUACCAAUACAGGCGAUUGGACCAUUACUCAAAGAGCUAACCAUCUUGCUCCAGGGUAAAACUUACGCGAGCAAAGUUGCGGUGAGAUGGUUGGAGGCAUUAUUGAUGACACAUGCGGGUCAUUUUUUGUCACAAGCCGAUCUUAUGCAAUCGUUUGGUGCAAUUUUGAGUUUAAUAGAUGCCAAAUUGGCUCUCUUGUCGGAGCUCUCGAAACUUAAAGGCCGCAUAUCUCUCGUUACUGGCCAAAUUUCUCAGACAACCGAAGAGCACCACAAGGACGUUGAUGAAAACUGUCUUGUCUAUCAGGAUUCAGAUUCCUCUGACGAAGAUGGCGGGAUAGAAGAUGAAGAUAUAGAAAGCGAAUCUGAUGAAAAUUGGGAAGAAAUGUCUAAUCAGGAAGACCAAGAUGAUCAAGAGGAACAGAAUGACCAAGAUGUUAGAAGUACGAAUUCCGAUAACGAAGAUGAAUCUAUAUCCAGUUAAUUAUUAAUUUAGUAAAUAUUCAAGUUCCUGGAUAUAUAAAAUAUGAAAAAAAGAGAGAAAUGAAAUGUUAAAUAAAUGAUGUUUUUUACACGAAUUAUUGUCAUUACAUUAUCUG